AUUUAUUUUGAUUCAAAAUAUGAUUUAGAUAAGACGAUAAUGUGCCAGUACUUAAACUGUACAGCCCAAUGGAUAGAUCGAGAAGAUCAUUAAAAAAAUGAGGAGUGCUUUAUUGAUUGUGCUAUUUUUUGUGGCAUCGUUUGAGAGAUGCAAAGCAGCAGACGAUAUCCAGCUUCUGAAAAAUGGACUCGACAAUUUUUUACAUACCGGAGUGUUAUCCCAGUACAUGAAGAAUAUUUCCAAGAAUCAUCAAAUCGAUAUCUCCUUCUUCAAAGAACCAUCGAUUGAAAAUUUGAGUGCUGAAAUAACUUGUGACGUUUGCGAUGGCUUCAUCGAAUCAGUAAUAACAUUAAGAAAACUCAAUACAUCUGACGCAACCAUGAAAAGUUUGAUCAAAAGGAUAUGUUCCACUUUUCAUAUUCAAGAUCAACAAGUUUGCGAUGGUCUUCUAGGUCCAAUGUUGGAUGUUAUUUUUUACAUUAUGGACAAUGGCAAGAAUGUAACUGGACCAAAGUUGUGCAGCCUACUUCUUGGACCUACAUGUCACAACCAAUUUGAAUUUUAUAAUUGGACGAUAAGCGUUCCUCCCAAACCUGCAGUUAUACCUAAAAAGAUUUCAGGAGCUGAAAAGGUUCGAAUCCUUCAUUUAACCGACAUGCAUGUUGAUCCACGUUACACCUCAGGAUCAAAGGCUGUAUGUGACCAAACAUUGUGUUGCCAAGACGAUCAAGGAAAACCAGAAAACUCAACAGCAGGUUGUGGAGUUUGGGGUGAUUACAAGAAUGCUGACACUCCAAUGAAACUGUUAGAGGAGACAUUGAGGCACCUCAAAACAGAGAAAUUUGAUUACGUUUAUUCUACUGGAGACAUAAUUCCACAUAGAAUUUGGUCCACCAGUAGAGAGGGCAACGCCGCGCUGGAGCUGAAAGUUAUGAAGCUUCUGAGAGAUAGUUUCCAGGUCCCUAUCCUAUUUGUUUUGGGAAACCACGAGCCACAUCCACUGAAUAUGUAUGCACCAAUAGAUCUGAACAAAACGAAUUUGUCGACGAAGUGGCUUUACGAAACUCUGCACAAAGAGGAAUCGAUAAUAUUUCCAGAAAGCGAUUUAGACAGCAUCCAAGAGGGAGGAUUUUAUACUGUUCUGUUGAAAACUGGGUUUAGAGUCAUUGUUCUGAAUAACAAUGUCUGCUAUCUUAAUAAUUACUGGCUGGCAUAUGAUGAUUACGAUCCAUACGGCCAACUUGCAUGGUUAGUUAAAGUGUUACAGAAAGCUGAAGAAGAUGGAGAGUAUGUUCACAUAGUUUACCACGUACCUACAGGGCAGCCUGAAUCUUGUUUGGGAACUUGGGCUAGAGAAUACAAUAAAAUAGUGAAUAGAUUUUCGGAUACCAUCAGUGGUCAAUUCAAUGGUCACACUCACGCAGAUGAAUUCUUCGUAUACUACAAUGAAACGAAUCCAACAGAUGCCAUCCAAGUAGCUUUCAAUGGUGGCUCCUUAACACCUUUUGUGGAAACCAAUCCAAGUUACAAAAUUUAUGACGUCAAUAUGAGUAAUUGCAAAGUCGAAGAUUUUGAAGAAUGGACGUUCAACCUAACUGAAGCCAAUUUGAAACCAGAGAAAUCUACAGUUGAUUGGUAUAAGCUUUACUCAUUCAAAGAAACAUAUGGAGUACCUUCUUUGGAACCCAAGGAAGUUGGUAAACUUGUGGAUAAUAUGGCACGUAACAAAACACUACUAGAAAUAUACAACAAAUUCAAGUACACCAUGGGCUCGAGAUCUUAUAAACCUUGUGAUGAUAAGUGCCAUAAGGAAAAUCUUUGUAACAUAGUGACGAAUGGAUUAGGUGACGAUUUUCAUUGUAGCAGAAUAAGUGAAAUUUAUGAUGAUAGUCAAUGAGAAAGAACUUUUAGAUAUUAUUAUUUUGUAUGGAUGAGUUUUUUAAAGAUUUGAGUUAUAUUUUUUUAUGAAAAUAUGAAAUUGAACAUUAAAAAAGAAAUGCUCAAAAAUA